UGACUUCCCGCAGUUGAAGGUUUGUGAAGAAGGAUGGCAGUCAAUGUUCCUGGACUCGUGGCUGUUAUCGUUUUCUAUGUGUUAAUUCUUGCUCUUGGACUAUGGGCAGCAAGAAAAAACAAAGGAGAAACAAAGAGCGAAAAUAUAAUGUUGGCUGGCCGAAACAUCAACCUUUUUGUGGGGAUGUUCACCAUGACAGCUACCUGGGUGGGUGGAGGCUUUAUAAAUGGCACAGCGGAGUAUGUCUACACCCUAGGGCUGGUCUGGUGCCAAGCUCCUCUUGGGUAUGCCGUCAGCCUCGUACUCGGAGGUGUAUUCUUCGCCCAAAGAAUGAGGUCCCAGGGUCACGUGACGAUGUUAGAUCCAUACAGCAGGAAAUUCGGCAACAAGAUGGGAGGGAUUCUGUACAUCCCUUCACUUCUAGGGGAGGUCUUCUGGAGCGGAGCCAUUCUCUCGGCGUUAGGGUCCACACUGGCCGUGAUCCUGGACAUUGACCAGACCCUGUCCAUCAUCAUCUCGGCCUGUAUCGCCGUCCUCUACACACUGUUCGGGGGACUGUACUCAGUCGCCUACACGGACGUACUCCAGCUUACCUGUAUGUUUGUCGGUCUGUGGUUGAGUAUUCCAUUCGCCAUGACAAACGAGCAUGUGACCAGCAUCACAACCAAUUCCUCCACGGUCUGGAUCAAGGAACUGGAGCCCAAGUACGUGGGUUACUACAUGGACUCGUUCAUGCUGCUGAUACUGGGCGGGAUUCCGUGGCAGGCCUACUUCCAGAGAGUCCUGUCCGCUAACUCCGCCUUCAACGCAAAGAUGCUGUCCAUCACCGCCGGGCUAGGGUGUGUCAUUAUGUCCGUACCAUCGGUCUUGAUCGGGGCCGUCGCUGCUAACACAGAUUGGAACGCAACAACGUAUGCAACAGUGGACAAGAAGCCCGUCCCCAUUCCUAGCGACCAGGCGUCCAACAUCCUCCCCCUGGUCAUGCAGUACCUGACACCCACCUGGGUCUCCUUCAUCGGCCUGGGGGCCGUGGCUGCGGCCGUAAUGUCGUCCACGGAUUCCUCCAUUCUCUCAGCGAGCUCCAUGUUUGCCAGAAAUAUCUACAAGAUGAUAUUCCGUCCCAAAGCCUCUGAGAGGGAAAUAAUGUGGGCGAUGAGAAUCUCCAUCUUCUUUAUCGGCGCCCUGGCAACUUUCAUUGCGAUUGUUGUUGAAUCAGUCUACGUGCUGUGGUUCCUAUGCUCAGAUUUGUUGUACGUCAUCAGCUUUCCACAACUUUUAUGUGUUGUCUACCUUAGGGACACCAACACUUACGGAUCGGUUGUCGGUUUUGUUGUCGGUGUAGUUCUCCGAUUAACCGGUGGUGAAUAUACUCUGCAUAUCACGCCCGUUAUCAAAUAUCCAUGGUACUCCGAGUCUGAGGGAUUACAAUUAUUUCCGUAUAAAACCUUCGCUAUGUUGGUUACUUUCACUUCCAUCGUUGCUGUUUCGAGCUUAACAACGUACGUAUUUGGACGAGGAUUGCUUCCUUCGAAGUUCGAUAUCUUUAAAUGUUUUGAGGGAAAAUCAGAAUGUUCAGUAGAAUUGCAUGUAUCGUCAUCAUCAACAAAAUACAACGACAACCCUGCGUAUGCGCACUCUCAAAACCAACUUCAUGGAAGAUACCAAUCAACGAGAGAAAUCCCAGAGAAAUGAAUCUUGAUCACACCAAAUGUUAUUUUAAAGUUUUUAAAAAAAUACUUUUAUUACUGUAAGUAAAAUAUAGAACUGUC